UGACAUACAUUUGCACACUCUCCUUCAGCUCUCUCACAGACUGCUUCUCUUAUUCGGCAGCAUGGACCAAAAAGAGAUUCUGCAGAAGUUCCUGCAUGCCACCCAAAGCAAGAAAGUUACCAGUGGGGAGUUGGCCAGUGAAUUUCUGAAGCUGAAAAGGCACUCUACAAGGUACAAAGCAGACAAAAUCUACCCUACUACUAUGGCUCAGAGACCCAAGAAUAUCAAGAAAAAUAGAUAUAAGGAUAUUUUGCCCUAUGAUCAUAGUCGUGUAGAGCUAUCCCUGAUAACUUCUGAUGAGGAUUCCAGCUACAUCAAUGCCAACUUCAUAAAGGGAGUUUAUGGACCUAAGGCUUACAUUGCCACACAGGGUCCUCUGUCCACAACCUUGCUCGACUUCUGGAGGAUGAUUUGGGAAUACGGUGUCCUUAUCAUUGUUAUGGCAUGCAUGGAGUUUGAAAUGGGAAAGAAAAAGUGUGAGCGCUACUGGGCUGAGCCAGGUGAGACACAGCUGGAAUUUGGUCCUUUCUCCAUAUCCUGUGAAGCUGAAAAAAGGAAAUCUGAUUAUAUGAUCAGAACACUAAAGGCCAAGUUCAAUAGUGAAACUCGAACUAUCUACCAGUUUCAUUAUAAGAAUUGGCCAGAUCAUGAUGUACCAUCAUCUGUAGACCCUAUCCUCGAGCUGAUCUGGGAUGUACGUUGUUACCAAGAGAAUGACGGUGUUCCCAUCUGUGUUCACUGCAGUGCUGGCUGCGGGAGGACAGGAGUCAUUUGUGCUGUUGAUUAUACAUGGAUGUUGCUAAAGGAUGGGAUAAUUCCUGAGAACUUCAGCAUCUUUAGUUUGAUCCAAGAAAUGAGAACACAGAGGCCUUCAUUAGUUCAAACUCAGGAACAGUAUGAACUGGUCUACAAUGCUGUACUAGAACUAUUUAAGAGACAUUUGGAUGUUAUUGGAGGUGGAUGCUCUGGAAGAGAGGUUCAAGCAAAAGACUUAAUUCUUGAGCAGAACCCCACUCUGCAAAUAGACUCUGAUUCUCCUAAGUCACCAAAAGACAUCACAAAAGAAACCAAAAUAGACCAACUGAUCAAACCAAGAACAACAGUGGAAAGAGUGCCAGCUUCUUCCUUGGAAGAAAUAUGUGCAAAGACAGAUGUGGUUCUGCACCCUCGCAAGUCAAGCCUUUCUUUGGACUUUCUGGAGCUAAAUGAUGGGUCUCAUAAAAAUGCUAACACAGCCUUGAACUGGCAGACAAAGGCAUUACCAGUCGUUGGGGAGCCUCUUCAGAAGCAUCAAAGUUUGGUCUUGAGCUCUACUUUGUUUGGGGAAUGUCCUAAUUCUGAAUCUGUUGCUGCAGCAGGAAGAUGUCUGAAUUCAAAGGAGCCAGUCAUACAAACCAAAAUAACUCCCUUUGAAUGGACAGAGCAAAGACAAACAAUGGAGGUGGACAUGGAAGACACCUUUUCCUACUUGGAAUCUCAGCCACAGGACUCUUGUCUUGGGGAGUUGCAGGCUCAGAAAGCAGUGUGUAUUUCUUCAGAAGAACGGGGCUAUUCACUACCUCGUGACUCUGAGCUCCAAGGGUGUAACUCUUCUAGGGGGAACUCUGGGGCUUUUGUACACUCUUUCAGGAAUUUAAUAGAGGAGCCUUAUUUUUUAUCACUGCCUCCAAGUUCUUCUACAUCUAAGAUGUCUCUGGAUUUAUCUGAGAAGCAAGAUGGGACUACGUUUCCUGCUUCCCAGUUGCCAAGGCCCUCUACAACCCUCUUUUCUCACUGCAGUUCACAUGAUUCUUUAGCAUUGAACCCUCUGAUCAGUUUUUCCAUGCCACUGAAUCAAGAGGCAACUGUAGUAGCACCUUCUCCCAGGACAGAAGCUGAGACACCCCCUCCACUCCCUGAGCGGACACCAGAGUCUUUCAUCGUGGUUGAAGAGGCAGAAUUCCCACCGAGUGUUCCCAAAUCCCUUCCUCCCUCCAUGAAGGUAAAAUCUGGCAUAUCAAUGGAAUGGGAUGGAACAUCGGAAUCAAAGAUUUUUGAUGACUCUGUGACACUUAAGCCAAGCAGGAGUAUAAAACUCCAGAGUCCUAGAUCAGAUCUAUGUCGAGAUUGUUCUCCAUCCCCACCUCCCCUCCCAGAAAGAACACUGGAGUCUUUUUUCCUUGCUGAUGAAGACUGUAUGCAGGCUCAAUCUACAGAAACUAUUAGCUGUCCUGAGAGUAUGGAGCACUCAACAUGUCCAAAACAAACUCUGAAGACUCCUGGAAAGAGUUUCACACGGAGUAAGAGUUUGAAAAUUUUGCGAAACAUGAAAAAAAGCAUCUGUAAUUCUAACCCAUCAACCAAGCCAGCAGAAUCUGUUCAGUCAGAAAACUCCAGUUCCUUUGUGAAAUUUGGUUUUGGAAAUCGUUUCUCAAAACCCAAAGGACCAAGGAAGCCACCACCAAAUUGGAAUGUUUAAUACAACUAUGGAUCUGUAAAAACAUAGACUGCAAGUGCAUCUGUAAAUAAAGUUACCAGAAUACGGAUUCUA